GGCCUUACGAGCUGCACAGUCCGGCUGCGGUGCGUGAGACGAGAAGAGCUCCGUGAUCCUGGUUUGCCGGACUCCUCGCAAACAAAGUGAACCAAGCCAGCCUCACGUCAAGGUCUCCUUGGGUCCCCUUGCCCGGCGCCAGCAGCGCUAGCAGCGCCAGCAUGAAAAUGGCAGUGGGCGCACCGUCCCUGCUCGCCGCCCUCCUUUGCGUCGCGGCGGUGGCGGGCGUGGCGGGCGUGGCGGGCGACGAGGACGCGGACAGUACCAGGGCGCCGCCGACGGUCACCAUCUCGACGGGGGCCUUGUCCGGCAAGUGGCUGACGACGAGGGACGGGCGCGACAUCGCCGCCUUCCUGGGCAUACCGUACGCCGCGCCGCCCGUCGGCCCACUUCGCUUUAAGGAGCCGCAGCCCGCGCAGCCCUGGUCCGGGGUGCGGCAGGCGGCGAGCCCGAGCGACGUGUGCAUCCAGAGGAACGUGUACUUCCACCAGGAGGAAAUCGUGGGGUCCGAGGACUGCCUGUACAUCAACGUGCACGUGCCGGAGGGAGUGUCCCACGCAGAGCCGCUGCCCGUGCUUUUCUUCAUCCACGGCGGCGGCUGGCUGAGCGGCGCGGGCUUCCUCUACGGGCCGGAGUACCUCCUCGACAAGGACGUGGUGCUGGUCACCUUCAACUACCGGCUGGGCCCACUCGGCUUCCUCAGCACUGGCGACGCGGCGGUCCCCGGCAACAACGGCCUGAAGGACAUGGUGCACGCCCUGCGCUGGGUCCAGGACAACAUCCGGCCGUUCGGCGGCGACCCCAACAGCGUCACGGUGGCCGGCCAGAGCGCCGGGGCUGCCAGCUCCCAUCUCAUGACGCUCUCACCGCUCGCUAAAGGUCUGUUCCACCGCGCCUUCCUCAUGAGCGGCAACGCCUUCACCACGUGGGCCUUCCACUCGCCGCUCGACGCGCGCCGCCAGGCCCGCGUGCUGGCCAAGCACACCCAGUGCCCCGACGCGCCCAGCGACGCGCUGCUGCAGUGCCUGCGCGCCAAGGAGGCCGAGGACAUCGUGUCGGUGGACGAGCGCUUCAUGCGCUGGGACAUCCACCCGCACAUGCCGUUCAAGGCCACCGUGGAGGUGGGCGGCGGUGAGGGCGCCUUCAUGGACGUGCACCCGCGGCAGGCGUACGGCCUGGACGACCGGCUCAACGACGUGCCCGUCCUCACGGGGCUCACGGCGCAGGACGGCGGCGUGCUCGUGGCCGUGCUCCUGGAUAACGACACCGCCCUGAUGGACCUCAACGAGAACUUCGACUUCAUCAUGAACAGCAUCAUCAACUUUGACAGCUACCCCGUGCCCAUGCGGGAGGAGACCCUGGAGCGGGUGCGCCGCUUCUACUUCGGCGAGGGCCCCAUCGACAGGAGCGCCGCCUUCAACCUCAUCGACAUGGCGACCGACCUGGCCUUCCUGUACCCCACCAUGCAGCUCAUCAAGAUGCAGAAGAAGUACGGCAAAGCCCCUGUGUACUUCUACGAGUUCGCCCACAUGAGCCAGAUCCACCGCAGCUUCGUCGUGCUGUUCGGAGCGCAGUCCCCCGACUUCGGGGUGUGCCACAGCGACGACCUCCUGUACCUGUUCCCGUUGGACGCCAUCCCGUUCCCGGAGCAGCCUGGCACGGAUGACGUCUUCGUCUCGCGGAAGUUCGUGGACUACGUGGUGCACUUCAUGCGCACGGGCAAGCCGACGGCGGACCGCUCCUGGCAGGAGGUGGCCCACCCGGACGCCGCCGAGUACAUGCACAUCGGCUCCCCGGGGGACAUCCAGAUGCGGGCGAACUUGGCACCGGACCGCAUGCGGCUGUGGUCCGAGGUGCCCAUCCAGAUCGGGAGGAUGUCCGUGCCGCACGACGAGCUGUGAGGCGCCGGUGUUUACUGUGAUAAUAAAAAAAGUUGUUGUUUUUA